GACAUUUGAUAUGUAAGCGUGAAGCGUGACAUUUGUUGAUGAAUUUAAACAAUAAGUAAUAAGUAAUAAGUUUAAAAAGAUAUGACUGAAACUAUUUACAAAAAUGACAUCAGUUAAGUGGAGGUUGGAUAAUUUAAUCAAUGGAACUGUGAUGCAUAUUGAUAAAAGUGUAUUUUCUAUCGGUCGAAGGGUAGAUGCUGAUUUGUCCUCAUUAAGCCCCAAAAUUUCCAGGGAACAUGCAACCAUUCGCCUUUCAAAUGAAGAACUUUCUAUAAUUGAUCAUAAGAGUACAAACGGUACAUUCAUUAAUGGAAAGCAAAUAGGAACUGCUAUAUUCCGAAAUGGAGACAUUCUUUCUUUUGGCGGACCGCCGAACUUAAUAAGAGGUCCUGGGUUCGAAUCGAUCCCAUUUUUAUUUAAGGUGGUUAAAAUUGAUAAUCUGGCUUCAGGGCCUACUCAAGCAGAAGCUAGCACUUCCAGCGAUGUAGCCGAACGUAGUAAAACAGAAGAAACAAACAAUAUGGUUAACGGUAACAGUAUUAAGAAAGGAAAACCAGCCGUCAAUACAAGUUCUGCAAACAAGCGUAGCAGUAUUAAAGAAACACCAGUAAUUAACCAACAAAACUCAUCCUUUACAACCUCUGCGAACGAGUGUAUCAUAGUAUCCGACGGAGAAGACGACGAUUUUUCCUGCAGUCAGAUUUUUCAAAUUUCCGAAAAAAUCAAAGAAGAACCGGAAGAUUACGAAGAAGGUUUUAAUCCGUACCACGAUAUCAAGGAAGAACUCGAAUACUUAGAUUAUUGUAACGAAAGAAAUGUUAUAUCUAUCGAUUUGACAGACGAUGUCGACCAUUUUGAGAAUACCGUCGAUUUACUUGACGUUUUAGAAUCUACUCCGAAAAGAGGUACCCAAGAAACCCUUUAUGACACCCUUGCAGAUGGUAUAGAAACGCCAGCUUCUGACCUACUAGAUAUUCCAAAAGAAUUGAACGAAAAUAAUUCACAUACAGUACAAACAGCAAAAGAAUUGACAAUUAAAAAAAACAAUGGUGCUCAAGGUAAUUCAGAAAUAAAAUUAGCACAAUUAAGAAUACCUAUUAAUAAAAUGCCCAAAUAUCUUUUACCGCCAGUAGUCGAACCUCAUAAUGCCAGUUCAAACAAGGAGAAAGAGAAGAAGACACCAGCUAAAAGGAAAUCUACAGAAGUAAAACUACCGGAUUUGGGCAAAAUUAAAAAAAAUCGCAGGCACAGUGUAGCGUCCGACGUGUUAAACAAACCUCAAAAGAAAGAGGUGAGGGAAUUAAGGAAGCAAAAAUUGAAAGAAUUGGUUAGCAAAAACGAUGACGAUAAUUUUAAAUCUACCAAGAAAUCUCUGAAUGACCAACCCAGUACUUCCUCAAAUAUCGACUCACCCCGUGACAAUUUUAAAGCGACGAAAGCUCCAGAGAAACUUAAAUUUUCAAAUAUAGAAUAUUCCUCAACGGAUCAACCCAGUACCUCAUCUAACACUGCUUCAGGUAGCAACAAAAAUUCAAAAUAUACAAAAACUAAAAUUUCAACUAAAACACCUCAAUUAGUGAUUUCAAUUCAGCCUAAUAGUGAAGAUACCAAAGUUAAAGAUUCUACCGCACCUAAAAAUAAAAGGUUAGAUCCGCGACUUAAAAAAGUCGAUACCGUCCAAGACACCACCAUUUCGAGUAGUAACUUUUUACGGUCGGCGUCUUAUCAGACGCUAAACAAACCUUCAAUAUCGAAUCCCGAUUCGACCGUUAAUGAAGACAGGUCGGGAUUGAUCUGGCAAAUUGGUACAAAUAAAACCAUUCAUCAAUCAGUUUCGAAUAAUUUUAGAAUAGAUAUUAACGACGAGAUACAUGACUUACUCUCCUGGAACGUGGGAUGGUUACUGGAACAGCAUAACAGCGACGUGACUGCUCCUGUCAACUUUAACAAAACUUGCGUUCCGAUUCCAUUGACUUUUAAUGGUAUAGAACAUUACAUGAAAGUGCUGAUUCCUUUGUUGAACCUGGAACUGUGGCAGUAUAUCUACCAAAUAACUUUCGAGAAGGAAGACAGGAAGAUACCCUUAACAGUCCGUUUAGAACAUGAGAGGAAGGCCGGAAGAAUUAUGUAUUUGGAUUGUGAAUAUAUUCCUGCCCAAAAUAUGCCAAUGCCUUUCAGAUCCGAAGAUUUUUGUGUAUUAGAAAUGAAAUUGACUGACUCAAAAAAUUAUUAUAAAUACACAUGUUUCGGAUAUAUUAAGUCCAUUAGCUAUCGUAAUAGGCAAAAUGGCGGUGGAAUGGUAACUGUGAUAAUUAAGAAUCUUGAAAAGAAAAUAAGUAGUAAAUCUUUUAUAAUUAGAAUAUGUGCCAAUAUCGGAAACAAUACACGACUUCUUAAAACAAUCAAACAUUUGAAAUAUUCACCGCUGUGCCAACAGGUUUUGAAUCCGCUUAAUCUGAAAUUAACAAAGCAAAACAUAAAAAAUGUGAGCAUUAGGGAAACUCCAAAUUUAAAUCCUAUACAAAAAGAAAUAAGUUCUGAGGCCUCUGAAAUGGCAUUAGGAAAGUCUCCAGGUUUUUAUUUAAUCAAAGGCCCCCCGGGUACUGGUAAAUCGUCUGUGAUAGUAAGCAUCGUAUUGGAAAUACUAUAUAAAUGUAGAGCAAGGCGAAUACAGCCGCGUAUACUUUUAACAGCACCUUCAAAUACCGCUAUAGAUGGUUUAAUUUUAAAAUUAUAUAAAGCUAGAAUGGAGUUACCAGCACCCGAUCAAAAGAUGGUAAAAAUCGUAAGGAUAGGUCCGGAUUCGAGUAUAAAUGAACUUGUGAACAAAUUUACGCUCAAAUUUCAAGCCAAAAAGAAUAUAUUGAUUGAUAAAAAGUUAAAUCAUCAUCCGGAUUUUAAAAAAGUAUGCGAUAAUUUAUUGGAUAGCGAAGAGUUUCUAAAAGGAUAUCUGGGUAAUCAGUAUGCAUACGAGUAUCGAGUUGCUGAAGAUAAGAUACUACUCGGUGCGAAUUUGAUUUGUACGACGUUGAGUAGUUGUUUGAGCUUUAUUCUCAAUCAGCACACAAGAAAAUCGCAAAUGAAAUACACCUGCUGUAUUAUCGAUGAAGCUACUCAGUGCAAUGAAAUAGAGUGCUUAUCGCCAAUUCAACUGCAAAUCGAUAAAUUUAUACUCGUGGGGGAUCCACAGCAACUGGCAGCAGUUGUUUGUAACAAAGAAGCUCAACAGCUGGGCUUUGGCAAAUCUUUAUUUUCAAGAAUAGCCGAAAAUUUUCCCAACCGUCGAAUCUAUCAAUUUCCGAUCAAAAUGCUUUACGAUCAGUACAGAAUGAAGCCGGAAAUUUGCGACUAUCCCAACAGGGCUUUCUACGGCGGCACACUAAACUCUUUUCCGAAAUGUUACAACCCCAUAGAGCCGCCAUUGAAGCCUUACGUAUUAUUUAAUUUGAAAGGAAGCGAUAGUCCCUCUGGAGAUUAUACGAAUACGGAUGAAGUGACCUUGAUUUCUAACUUGUUGGACACUUUGAGGUGUUAUAUUAAGCCCACGUGUGUGUACAACAUUGGAAUUAUUACGCCAUAUAAAGCGCAGAAAGAAUUGAUUCUGAAACAUGUGGCAACUAUCAAGUUUAACCAAAAUGUUAAAAUUACGGUAAAUACAGUCGAUAGCUUCCAAGGAAUGGAGAAUGAUGUCGUCAUUAUUUCUUGUGUCAGAUAUAGUACAAACUAUUUUCUGGCCAAUAAACAACGCCUCAAUGUCGCGCUUACUAGAGCAAAACAGGCUCUAUAUGUUAUAGGAAAUUAUACUCUUUUUACGCAAUGUCCACCACUGUACAACUUACGGGAGGAUGCAAAAAAACGUAAACUCUUAAUUGACAUUAAAACUGAUUCAAGACGAUGUUUGUUGGAUAAAUAUAUUUUAAGUUGAAGAGAGACGUGGAGUUUUUUUACUUUGAUUUUUUUUAGGAUGAUCCGUUAUUUUCAAACUCAUUUAUCCAUUAAAUACCAG